UCCAGAAGGAGCAGGUUAUUUUCAAGAGUUAGUCUUGUUAUUUUGACUCCUUUCUCUUAGACCAAGAGAGGACGAUGGUGAAAUAUAGAGAGGUGGUGCAAGGGUUGCAAUACAGGGCAGGGGUUGGUUUGGUAAUGGCGGUGAUGGUGGUGGUAAUGGCGAUGGUGAUGAUGAGGAAGACGGGAGAUGAAAACUUGUAUUGCAACCCUAACCCUAGCGAUAUCACUAUCACAAAGCCAUGCAAACAAAAACCCCAAAACCCCCAACUUCAACCACCACCUCUUCCUCCUCCUCCCACCACCAUGUCACCGCCUGCGGAAACCGGAACCCACCCGUUUCGCUUCCCCAAAACCCAGUCCACCGUCCUCCCCGACCCGGCCCGCUUCUUCUCCCCCGACCUGCUCUCCUCCCCUCUCCCCACCAACUCCUUCUUCCAAAACCUCGUCCUCAAAAAAGGCGACCAGCCCGAGUACAUCCACCCCUACCUCAUCAAAUCAUCUCUCUCCACCCUCUCUCUCUCGUACCCGUCUCAGUUCUCCAACCCCGCCUUCGCUUACCAGGCCUUCACCCCUGACCUCACCAUCUCUUCCGCAAACAACACAAACCCUGGCUCCGCCCACGUGGUAUCUUCCUUCAGCGAUCUGGGUUUGACCCUUGACCUGCCUUCUAGUGGUCUCAGGUUUUUUCUCGUUAGGGGCAGCCCUUACUUGACCUGUGUCGCCACCAGAAACGUUUCUGUAACUAUCUCCACCGUCCAUGCCAUUCUUCAGUUCAAUUCCAAUGGCUCUAAUACUAAGUACACCAUUACUCUCAAUAAUAAUCAGAAAUGGGUUUUGUAUGCUUCUUCGCCGAUUAGCUUGAGUAAUGACGUUUCUUCCAUAACUUCAGGUGGGUUUACCGGGAUUAUACGGAUUGCAAUUUUACCAGAUUCUGAUCCCAAGUCCGAAGCAAUCCUAGAUCGAUUCAGUUCUUGUUAUCCAGUAUCUGGUGAUGCAGUUUUCGAUAAGCCAUUUGGUUUGGAGUACAAGUGGGAUAAGAAAGGGUGGGGAGACUUGCUCAUGCUUGCCCACCCUCUCCAUCUUCAGCUUCUUGCGGGUAACGAAUGUGGAAUUACUGUUUUGGACAAUUUCAAGUACAAAAGCAUUGAUGGUGAGCUUGUGGGCGUUGUUGGAGAUUCAUGGCUAUUGAAAUCUGACCCUGUCUCUGUUACUUGGCAUUCUAUUGGAGGUGUCAAAGAAGAAUCAUAUCCUGAAAUUAUUGAUGCACUUGUCAAAGAUGUCAGGGCUUUAGAUGCAGCCUCAAUAUCGACAGAUUCGUCUUAUUUUUAUGGAAAACUGGUUGCAAGAGCAGCAAGGUUAGGUUUAAUUGCUGAGGAGUUGUCUUAUGUUGAUGUAAUGCCAAGUAUCCAAAAGUACUUAAAGAAUACAAUUGAGCCAUGGUUAGACGGAACUUUUGGGCCGAACGGCUUCUUGUAUGAUGCCAAGUGGGGUGGGAUUGUGACUAAAUUAGGGUCUUUGGAUUCUGGUGCUGAUUUCGGGUUUGGUCUCUAUAACGAUCACCAUUACCAUUUGGGCUAUUUUCUUUACGGAAUUGCAGUGCUAGCAAAGAUUGAUCCGGCUUGGGGGAGAAAGUACAGGCCUCAAGCUUAUUCACUUUUGGCAGAUUUUAUGAACUUGGAAAGGCAUGGGAAUUCAUCGUAUCCCCGGUUGAGGUGUUUCGAUUUGUGGAAAUUACAUUCAUGGGCUGGAGGGUUAACUGAAUUCGGAGAUGGGAGAAAUCAAGAGAGCUCAAGUGAGGCUGUGAACGCUUACUAUUCGGCAGCUUUGAUGGGGUUGGCUUAUGGGGACACCCACCUUGUUGCCAUCGGAUCCACACUCUCAGCAAUGGAGAUUCAUUCGGCUCAAACGUGGUGGCACGUGAGAGAAAGAGAUACUCUGUAUCCACAAGAUUUUACAAGAGAGAAUAGGUUGAUGGGGGUUUUAUGGGCUAACAAGAGGGACAGUGGUCUUUGGUUUGCUCCGCCCGAGUGGAAGGAAUGCAGGCUGGGGAUUCAGCUGCUGCCGUUGUUGCCUAUUUCUGAGGUUUUGUUUUCUGAAAUCAGUUUUGUGAGAGAGCUGGUGGUGUGGACGUUGCCGACCCUGGCAAGAGAGGGAGUUGGAGAAGGGUGGAAGGGGUUUUUGUAUGCAUUACAAGGGGUUUAUGAUAAAGAGGGUGCUUUGGGUAAUAUUAGGAACUUGAAUGGUUUUGACGACGGGAACUCGCUUACGAAUCUUUUGUGGUGGAUUCACAGUAGAGGUGGUGAUGAAGAAGGGUGUGAGGGGGGAGGGAAGUUCUGCUGGUUUGGUCACUACAGUCAUUAAAAUGUUAACUUCUUGUGUAAUUAUGUUAUUUAUGAUUGCUUCUGAGAAUAUAGUAUAAAUUAUUUAUGAUUGAUUUC